GAGCUCCUCUCCUCUGUGUCCUGCUCUCCACCUGGCCUCCAUGAGUGUAACUGAGGACAAGCCAUUCCCCCCUGGAAGAUGGGAAAUGCUUCAGACACAUCUGCUGUGUUUGCCUCCACCAUCUCCAAGGAGCACGACAUCCUCAUGGGUUCACUCUACAGCGUCUUUUGUAUACUGUCCCUUAUGGGGAACAGCAUUCUGCUACUUGUUGCAUAUCACAAGCGGACGACCUUGAAGCCAGCUGAAUUCUUCAUCAUCAAUCUCUCCAUCAGUGACCUUGGGAUGACGCUCUCUUUGUUCCCACUGGCAAUACCAUCAGCUUUUACACACAGGUGGCUGUUUGGAGAAAUCACCUGUCAGCUCUAUGCUAUGUGUGGAGUCCUGUUUGGUCUUUGCAGCCUGACCAACCUCACAGCCCUCUCGUCAGUGUGCUGCCUUAAAGUCUGCUUCCCAAACCACGGUAACAAGUUCUCUCCGACACAUGCCCGCCUCCUGGUCGCUGGAGUGUGGUGCUACGCUUCUGUGUUUGCUGUAGGGCCCUUGGCACAGUGGGGACAUUACAGUCCUGAACCUUACGGCACAGCCUGCUGCAUUGACUGGCAUGCACCCAACCACGGGCUUUCAGCUUUGUCUUACAUUGUCUGCCUUUUCGUCUUUUGCUAUGCACUGCCCUGCACCAUCAUCUUCCUCUCCUACACUUUCAUUCUGCUGACAGUGCGGGGGUCACGGCAGGCCGUCCAGCAGCAUGUGUCACCACAGACCAAGACUACCAAUGCACACGCUCUCAUUGUCAAGCUGUCAGUCGCAGUAUGUAUAGGCUUCCUGGGUGCCUGGACUCCAUACGCUAUUGUAGCCAUGUGGGCUGCUUUUGGAGACGCCACACGGGUUCCACCUGAUGCAUUCGCCCUCGCCGCUGUGUUUGCAAAGUCUUCCACCAUCUACAACCCCAUGGUCUACCUACUGUGUAAGCCCAACUUUCGCGAGUGUCUCUACAGAGACACGACUUUGUUACGGCAGAGGAUCUACAGGGGGAGUCCACAUUCUGAACCAAAAGAACGCUUUGGAUCAACCUCGCAGCGCAACAAGGACAUGAGCAUCUCCACAAAUGGACAGCAGGAGAGUUAUGGAGCGUGUCUGCACUGCACUGAGACUGCAGAGACUUGUCACGUGACAACGCCCCAAAGGACUGCCUGCAUCCUGACUGGAUCCACCUACAGAGAGGUGACAGUUAGCCAGGUCUCUGCCAAACCACAGGCGGAUUUCCUCUAGUGUUACAAACUCCUGCGUUCAUGAAGCAAACAAGACGAGACAGGUGCUCAGAAAGAGAGUACUGGGCAUGGACAACAAAACAACAAAAGGCCUGCAAAAGUUAUAAUGAGGGUGUGUCACCAAGACUCACAAGAAUAACACACCACAGGCUUGCAUGGACCUUCAACGGCAUCCUUCCUGACAGUCCCUCAUGAAUCGCGCCUUCAUGCGAUUAUAAAAAAUCCACAAUGUGUUGACUUCAUCUGAGAAGAUUUGUCACGGAAACAAAUACGUGUAAUGUCUUGAUGCCUACAUCUGUGUCAGCUUGUUUUAUUUGAAUGUGCAGUA